AUGUGGUACCUGAACAUGAUCAUGGCAGAAUCACCGGGCCUCGUCACCAUCUGUCUUUUAGGAUAUCUACUCAGUGCUGAAUGUACAGUUUUUCUUGACCAUGAAAAUGCCACCAAAAUUCUCCAUCGGCCAAAGAGGUACAAUUCAGGUAAACUGGAAGAGUUUAUUCCAGGGAACCUUGAGAGAGAAUGUAGAGAAGAAAAAUGCAGUUUUGAAGAAGCACGAGAAGUUUUCGAAAACACUGAGAAAACUACUGAAUUUUGGAAGCAAUAUGUUGAUGGAGAUCAGUGUGAGUCCAAUCCAUGUUUAAAUGGCGGCAUGUGCAAGGAUGACAUUAAUUCCUAUGAAUGUUGGUGUCAAGCUGGAUAUGAAGGAAAGAACUGUGAAUUAGAUGCAACAUGCAGCAUUAAGAAUGGCAGAUGCAAGCAGUUUUGUAAAAGGGACACAGAUAACAAGGUGGUUUGUUCCUGUACUGCCGGAUACCGACUUGCAGAAGACCAAAAGUCCUGCGAACCAGCAGUGCCAUUUCCCUGUGGACGAGUCUCUGUCUCACAUACUUCUAAGACGCUCACCCGUGCUGAGACUAUUUUUUCCAAUAUGAACUAUGAAAAUUCUUCUGAAGCUGAAAUAAUUUGGGAUAAUGUCACUCAAAGCAACCAAUCAUUCGAUGACUUCAAUCGUGUGGUGGGUGGAGAAGAUGCUGCAAGAGGUCAAUUCCCUUGGCAGGUCCUUUUGCAUGGUGAAAUUGCUGCAUUCUGUGGAGGUUCCAUUGUUAAUGAAAAAUGGGUUGUAACUGCAGCCCACUGCAUCAAGCCUGGUGUUAAAAUUACUGUUGUUGCAGGUGAACAUAACACCGAGGAGCCAGAACCUACAGAGCAAAAGCGAAAUGUGAUCCGUGCUAUUCCUUACCACGGCUACAACGCAUCUAUUAAUAAGUACAGCCACGACAUUGCCCUCCUGGAGCUGGAUGAACCCUUAAAGCUAAAUAGCUAUGUAACCCCUAUUUGCAUUGCUGACAGGGAAUACACGAACAUCUUCCUCAAAUUUGGUUACGGUUAUGUGAGUGGCUGGGGCAAAGUCUUCAACAGAGGGAGGUCAGCCUCAAUUCUUCAGUACCUGAAAGUUCCACUUGUUGACCGAGCCACGUGUCUUCGAUCCACGAAGUUCACCAUCUACAAUCACAUGUUCUGUGCCGGCUACCAUGAGGGAGGUAAAGAUUCAUGCCAAGGAGACAGUGGGGGACCCCAUGUUACCGAAGUGGAAGGUACCAGUUUCUUAACUGGAAUUAUUAGCUGGGGUGAAGAGUGUGCAAUGAAAGGAAAAUACGGCAUAUAUACCAAGGUGUCCCGGUAUGUUAACUGGAUUAAGGAAAAAACAAAGCUCACGUAA